AAUGUAUCGACGACCCGUUCGUUCUGCUCGCAUAAAAAAGAACAAAGCCCGAAACGUUGCAACGCAAUAUAAGCGAAAGGAUGAAAUGAGUUUUGAGAUAAACGACCGACAUAAAAUGACUACUAAUAGAAAGUUAAUUAAUCCGGAAGCAGAAGAAAUAAGUAAGGAAGAAGAAGAGGAAGAGGAUUUGGUUGAAGAAAAUGAUGAAUACGAGGGUUUUGUCUCCGAAUCGGAAGAUGAAUUUGGUCAACCGAGAGAAAAUGAAUUACCAAAAGUUCGAUCGGCUGUUCUCAUCCGAAGUAAAGUUCCGUGGGAACAUCGCCGCCUGCGAAAAAUGUUCGACAGACGGUGUAUGUUUCCAAUACGUCCUCGCCCUGAAUUCAAAGAAAUAGAGGAGAAUAAUGAAACGGAAGACGUGACCCAAAGAGUUGAAGUUGCUGAUUUAAGAGAAAGGAUCAAUAGAAACGCGCAAGAAAAGACCAAAGAGCCACUGCCUAUAAGAGAUAAUUCUAGAAACGAGGAAGAAAAAACUAUUGAACAGGACGUUCAGGUAAAAAGAGAAACAAAAGACUUGGAAGAUGAAUUAGACUUUGAAGAGGAAUUAUUAGGUGACUUUGACUUUACAAAAAUGAGCGAAACUCAAUCAGUGGAUUGA